GAGCCGAGCCCCUCCUGCUGCCUCUAGGAGUCAAAAUGGCGGCGAGGGGAACCUGGAGCAACCCCGGAGCCUGAGCCACUGACAGGAGCGGAGAGGGUGGCGGCGGCGGCAGGAGGAGGAUGGCCGGGGGUGCUGGCGCCGGUGCGGACGGCGGUGCUGGCGGCGGCGGCAGGGGCGACGGCCGCGGUCCCAGCGGCGGCAGCAGCAGCAGCGGCGGGAGGAGCCUCCGGGAAAUGGAUGAAAAGAGGCUUCUGGAUCCGGGGUUGAAAGUUCAUAAAGGCCUCUGGGAUUAUACUCUGAAGAACCAGCAGAUGGAAUGCCUGAGUGACUGAAGAAAAUGGGUGCUAAUGCAUCUAACUAUCCUCAUUCAUGUUCCCCAAGGGUAGGGGGAAAUUCUCAAGCCCAACAGACUUUUAUAGGGACAUCAUCUUAUUCUCAACAAGGCUAUGGUUGUGAAUCAAAAUUAUAUAGCCUUGACCAUGGCCAUGAGAAACCACAAGACAAAAAAAAGAGAACUUCUGGCCUUGCCACCCUCAAAAAGAAGUUUAUUAAGCGUCGAAAAUCUAAUAGGUCUGCUGAUCACGCCAAGCAGAUGCGAGAACUCCUCUCUGGGUGGGAUGUUAGAGAUGUCAAUGCAUUAGUGGAAGAAUAUGAGGGAACUUCAGCCUUAAAGGAGCUUUCUCUACAAGCCAGUUUGGCUAGACCAGAAGCCCGGACAUUGCAGAAAGAUAUGGCCGAUCUUUAUGAAUACAAGUAUUGUACUGAUGUAGACUUAAUAUUUCAAGAAACUUGUUUUCCUGUUCAUCGUGCCAUUUUGGCGGCAAGGUGUCCAUUUUUUAAAACACUGCUUUCUUCCUCACCGGAGUAUGGGGCAGAGAUCAUAAUGGACAUCAAUACAGCUGGUAUAGACAUGCCCAUGUUUUCUGCUUUGUUACACUACCUUUAUACGGGAGAGUUUGGAAUGGAGGACUCAAGGUUUCAAAAUGUCGAUAUCCUCGUUCAGCUUAGUGAAGAAUUUGGAACACCAAAUUCCCUUGAUGUAGAUAUGCGUGGACUUUUUGAUUACAUGUGUUAUUAUGAUGUCGUCCUUAGUUUUUCUUCAGACUCUGAACUGGUUGAAGCUUUUGGUGGAAAUCAGAACUGUUUAGAUGAAGAGCUCAAAGCUCACAAGGCUAUUAUUUCAGCACGGUCCCCGUUUUUUCGAAAUUUAUUACAAAGGAGGAUACGGACUGGUGAAGAAAUCACAGACCGAACUUUGAGGACUCCCACAAGAAUUAUAUUAGAUGAGUCCAUUAUACCAAAAAAAUAUGCGAAAGUUAUAUUACACUGUAUGUAUACCGACAUGGUGGACCUCUCCGUUUUGCACUGUAGCCCCUCUGUGGGGAGUCUCAGUGAAGUUCAGGCUCUCGUCGCAGGGAAGCCAAACAUGACCAGGGCGGAGGAAGCCAUGGAACUUUACCACAUAGCACUGUUCUUGGAAUUUAACAUGCUUGCACAAGGCUGUGAGGAUAUCAUUGCUGAGAGCAUCUCAUUAGAUACCUUAAUUGCCAUCCUCAAGUGGAGCUCUCAUCCAUAUGGCUCUAAAUGGGUGCACCGACAAGCUUUACAUUUCCUCUGUGAGGAAUUUUCCCAGGUCAUGACUUCGGAUGUUUUUUAUGAACUCAGCAAAGACCAUCUGCUUACUGCUAUCCAGUCUGACUACCUACAGGCAAGUGAACAAGAUAUCCUUAAAUAUCUGAUUAAAUGGGGUGAGCAUCAGUUGAUGAAAAGAAUAGCAGACAGAGAGCCAAACUUACUGAGUGGCACUGCUCAUAGUGUGAACAAAAGAGGUGUGAAAAGACGAGACUUGGACAUCGAAGAGCUGAGAGAGAUCCUCUCUUCUCUCUUACCAUUUGUGCGAAUUGAACACAUCUUACCUAUAAACAGUGAAGUCCUCUGUGAUGCAAUGAAAAGGGGCUUGAUUAGUACUCCUCCAUCAGAUAUGCUUCCUACAACAGAAGGUGGAAAGUCAAAUGCCUGGUUACGGCAAAAAAAUGCUGGAAUCUAUGUUCGUCCUCGACUGUUCUCUCCCUAUGUGGAGGAAGCAAAGUCAGUGCUAGACGAGAUGAUGGUGGAACAGACAGAUCUCGUGCGUUUGCGAAUGGUUAGAAUGUCCAAUGUGCCAGACACACUUUACAUGGUCAAUAAUGCCGUGCCACAGUGCUGUCACAUGAUCAGCCACCAGCAGAUCAGCAGUAACCAGUCAAGCCCUCCUUCAGUCGUAGCCAAUGAAAUUCCAGUUCCUCGUCUCCUCAUCAUGAAAGACAUGGUCAGACGUCUGCAGGAACUGCGACACACCGAGCAGGUGCAGAGAGCCUACGCACUCAACUGUGGGGAAGGCGCCACGGUCAGCUAUGAAAUUCAGAUUCGAGUACUGAGAGAAUUCGGUCUUGCAGAUGCUGCUGCAGAACUCUUGCAGAAUCCUCACAAGUUCUUUCCUGAUGAACGUUUUGGGGAUGAAAGUCCGCUCUUGACAAUGAGACAGUCUGGGAGAUGUCGAGUUAACAGUACCCCCACUGCAGAAACCAUGUUUACAGAUCUGGACUCUUUUGUGGCCUUCCAUCCACCCUUGCCCCCUCCACCGCCUCCUUACCACCCUCCAGCUACCCCAAUCCAUAACCAGCUCAAAGCAGGCUGGAAACAAAGACCUCCCAGUCAGCAUCCUUCACGUUCGUUUUCUUAUCCCUGUAAUCAUUCACUGUUUCACUCCAGAACGGCUCCUAAAGCAGGCCCCCCUCCAGUCUACCUGCCAGGUGUUAAAGCAGCAGCACCUGAUUGCACCAACACCACGGGGCUGGGGAGGCAGACGGUAGCUGCCGCCGCCGCCGCCUCCGCAGCAGUAGCAUCUGAGAAACAAGUGUGUACACAACCUGUGCUAAAUGAGCUAAUGCCAGAUAUCGCCAUGGGUGUGUCCACACUGUCACUCAAGGACAGGAGGCUUCCAGAGCUUGCUGUAGACACAGAAUUAAGCCAGUCAGCUUCUGAAGUAGGACCAGGGCCUCCCCAGCAUCUAUCGUGUAUUCCACAGAGGCAUACACACACGUCUCGAAAGAAACACACACUAGAGCAAAAAACAGAUGCUCGAGAAAAUCAGCAGGAAUAUCCAGAUAUCUAUGACUUCUCAAAUGCUGCUUGCAGACCUUCUACUCCUGUUCCUGGCAGACGCACCCCUUCUCCUUCACGAGGUGGAUAUUUUGGUCCCGAUUUGUAUAGCCACAAUAAAGCAUCACCAAGUGGCUUAAAGUCAGCGUACCUACCUAGCCACACCUCUCCUAAAAAGCAGGAAGAAGCUAGGAGAGAAUAUCCACUUUCCCCUGAUGGGCAUCUCCACAGACAAAAGAAUGAGCCAAUACACCUCGAUGUCAUUGAACAACCUCCCCAGCGGUCAGACUUUCCUUUGGCAGCCCCAGAAAAUGCUGGCAGUGGUCCAGCCCACAUCAGGGGACGAACAGCAGUAGAAACUGACUUGACUUUUGGGCUGACUCCUAACAGACCUUCACAUUCUGCAUGUAGCUCUGAAGCUCCAGAAGAGAGAUCCAGUAGAAGACUAGCAGACAGCGAGUCCCUGAGCCAUGGAGCUCAGCGAAAUACGGAUUUGGAAAGGGAAGAUUCAAUAAGCAGAGGAAGGAGGUCGCCAAGCAAGCCAGACUUCCUCUACAAAAAGUCUGCCCUCUGAGAGCAACCUCCAAGUCGUCUGUGCCUGAGAUGUGAAACAUCCCAUUUUAUGAUGACCCAACAACUUAGAGACCGGUUUAUUGAUGCCAGCUGAUAACUCAGUUUCACAUUAUUUUAUUCUAGUUUUUGUAUAUACAUGUUUAUUAGACAUGGCAUGCUGAGAGGGUUAUUUUGAAUGCUGCAUCUGUCUAUUUUGUGUUUGAACAAUUGUGUGGGGAAGCAUCUUUAAGAGCAAGCAAGCUGGCACUUUUUUUUUCUCUUUACAAAUGAUGGAAUUUUUUUGCACUUGUACAUUUAUUUUAUCUGUAUUGAUUUUAUAUCAGUAUGUUAAACUUUAUUGCCGCAUUUACAGGACUAUAUUUUCAUACUUUUUUGCAUUUUACCUUUCAUCUACCAAUUUCCACGUGCAUUGGAUUGCACACUAAGAUGUAUUUUCUUAUGAAAUAGUUCUGUGUUUAUUUUUUAAUUAUAGAAAUUCCAAAGAACAGCACAUCAAAAUGCUCCUCUCUUUUCAGUAAUUGUUUUAGUUCAGAAAUCUUCCUGCUCCGUCUCCAUGAAUCUAAUGUCAUUCUUUUUUAAUAAGUCUUGGGAGCUGGUCUUCAUUCCUCCAGCAGGAGUCCAGUCAGGAUCCUGAAGUUUUCUGGUUCAGUGAAGAACAGGAAAGAGAAAAGCCUCGGGUGCCCCGGCUAAAGCUAGUGCUUUAUUCACAGAGUGGACGCUGUCAGGAUCGUGCGAAUUCUGGUAGUGUGGAUUAGGGUGUCACCCAAUGAGGUUCUAAAGAGAUGGGAUCAGAAAGCGGUGGAAAUAGCGAAGUCACUGACUUAAAGUUUACACCACGGGAUUUCUGGUUCUGAACGUCAACUCUCCAGCUGAGAUGGGGGAAGUGACUGCUUGCUGCCUUCAGUUGUCUUGCUCUCUGUGGG